GGGAGGAGAAAAGGCAGCCAUUUUUUUCCCCAAUUGUAGAAAUCAAACGACAGGCCACAAUCGGCCACAUUGUUUGCGACAAGCUAACGUUCAGUACGAGCUGGUUUAUUUUUACACUAAUUAAUUUAGUAAAUAUUCGCAAAAUAUAUAUUCUCAAGAUUUUGGCACCCGAAGAGGGCUUCCACGAUGGCUGAGAAAACGGACGUCAAGGCAGAGGCGUUGCCCGACCUUGAUGACCUGCUGCAGUGUCCAGUGUGCUACGAAAUCCCCUCAGGCCAGAUAUUCCAGUGCAAUGAGGGACAUCACGUGUGUGGGCGCUGCAAGGCGCGCCUCAGCCAGUGCCCUGUCUGUAGGGCUCUAUUCUUUGGAACUAGGAAUUAUGCAAUGGAAGAACUCAUUGCUAAUGUUAGAAAAUUAAGAGCUUUUAAACUAGGCGGAAAAGUAACAACAGGGUCGAGUGGCUCUGGCAGUAACACGCCCGCAGAAGAUGCAGCCUCUGGAGAUCAAGAUAAUAACCCCGCUGAAGACGAGGAUAAUGCCUCUGACCAGAAUCUCCCACCUCUCAGGGCACCCCAAGCUUGCAAGGGGCUAUUCCGUUGCUUGUGCUGUAAGAAUGGGAACUCAAUUCGGUUGCCGGCUGCGCGUUUGCUGAACCAUUUACGUUAUUUCCAUUCUCCUGAAUUAAUUGAGGGCCAAUCUGAAAAUGGUGAAUAUGUACAAGCAUGGCAAUUCUCUACUGUUCCUGGUAGGAUUGUCACAGCAGUGCGAGUGUCCGAUAUGGGCAUUUUCUUUUUAAUUAUUGAAAUUAGCAAUGAAUCUGUGCACGCAUGGCUGUCGAUGGCGGCCGCCCCAUGGGUUACAAAUGAAUUUAGCUAUACUGUUACCAUUUCUGGCAAUGAUCGGGAAGCUAUUUUUUCGGAUUGUGUAUGGUCGGUCCGAUCAUGCGAGGGAUUCCUUAAAAAACGAGGCCGUUGUCUGGUGGUAACCGGGUUAGACGCCCGCGCACUAGUGGCGCCCGCGACGAUCAGCGGCAAGCUGUCGGUGACUCGCGUGCGGCCCGACGACGCGCACCAGCACCUGCAGCACCCGCGCGCCGUGCUGCGCGUGGCCAGCCGCGGAGGGCCGCGCGACCUCACCCGCGACGCCGCGCAGCUGCUCGACCCCUUCAUCCAGCACCUGGAGAACAACGUCGCCCGCCUCUCGCGCGCGCUCGACCGCGAGAUCCGCGACCACACGCCGGCCGUACCGCCCGUCGCGCCCCCGCCCGUGCCCGCGCCCGAGCCCCGCGACUUCGGCCUUGUGGCGGCCCCGCCCACCCUCUCUCGCAACGCUCGUAGGCGCAUGCGAAACAGACUUCGAGCCACACUCAACGAGGCUCAAGACGUAAAUGAACGUGGUCCUGCUCAAAAUAAUUCUGGCGCCCAGAGAACAAACGGACACGUGUCAAAUAAUGUUUUACACGCGACGACCGGAUAUAUACAAGUGGUCCCGGCGCCUGCUGCGCAACGCACAAACGCACAGUCUAGCACUAAUUCUAAUGCUCGUAACAACGGCGCACCCAACAAUCCUAUGCGUAUCCAAACGGGCUUGGCAAUUGUACAGCCGUCGCCUCCGUCAGCCGCUCCCGCCGCGCGUCAAACUGCGCAGUCGCAGAGAAAUGUCGCUGCCAAUUCUGUGCAAAUUCAAACUGGUUUGGCUAUAGUACAAAAUCAAGCUGGACGUGGGGGUAAUUUACAGGGCGGCGACUCCGUGCCGCGUGCUAACCCGGCACCCGCGCCGGCCGCCGCGCCCGCGCCCGGACCCGCCGCGCCCGCGCCCGGACCCGCCGCGCCCGCGAGCGGCCCGUCCAACGGUCAACAAUCUCAAAAUACUAACCGCAACAAGAAGAAGCGCCGUCAUCGUAGAUAAAUAUUGAUUUACCGUUGAAUGUUACAUUUAUUUAGUGUUAAGUAUUUCAAAGGAUAAGAUUGACUAAUUAAUAAGGUGACUGCUAAUUGAACCUCUGUUUAAUCUCUGGGAUUACCCAUUGCGGAAGAAAUACUUAAGUAAUAUCGAAUAUAUUCAAAUAUACUGACACCACUACUUUACAAGUGCUGUGAUAAAUACGAAUGGCAGAUUAUUGCCAUGAAUAUGAAUAUUAUCAAUAUAGGUUUUAGUAAAUUGACAAUGAUGGUCCCUCAAGGUAUUGUGAAGAACCUCAGGUUACUUGAGCCAUCUCCCAGAGUGAUAAUAAUUGAUAACGACUGUUUCAGUACAUUUUUAAUUAUGUUACAAUGUGCAUUGAACUGUAAUUGAAUUUGACUAGUUAUACAAUUAUGAUGUUUGUUUUUUAUUAAUAAUAUAAUCUGUUGUAGAAUUGUAAUUAUUAAUGUGAAUUAAAUUGACAAUUUAUUGCUAUGUUUAACUAUUAUACUUGUCACGACAUAGAGAUGUAAUAAUAAUGUAUUAUUAAAUCGUA